CACACACACACACACACACACACACACACACACACACACACAGGAAAUGUACGGUAGGUUCUCUCGGGCCUCGGCAGCUGAAGCCACUUCCUGUGUGUCUUUAGUGUCUGAUCUAACAUCAGCUUUACACUGUAGAAGUGAACUGAUGGAAGCCGUUAAUAACAGAGACACUGAUCUCGGAUCAGCUGAAACACACUGAAUAGAUUCACUUCAAUAUUCUGUAAUGCCUUAAACACCGAUAUUCACUACUAUUAUUUCAUCACAUUUAUUCAGAUUAUAACAACAUAAAUCUUUAUUUCCUCACCCACAAACCCACCCAGCACCAUUCUGUCCAACAAACAACAUGUUUACUUGUUUACUUGUUUACUUGUGUAUUUGUGUAUUUGGCAAAAGCUGAAGUCAUCAGAUAAACACCUGACCUGCUGAAGUUAGGACUAAUCUGGUGUCCAAACUUCACACAACAAAGAGUGUAAAACAGGUGCAGUUUGUUCUCACGCUUUUCUACACACCAGUUUAACCGCAACCAAUGAGCUGCUAGAGAGACAUUUUCCACUGGCGUGGACCAAUCAGAUUACAGAACACACGAGCGCAUGAAAGAUCUUCAGCAGCACGAGCCGCUCAGCACCAGUGUCUGAGAUGGAGACAUCAAGAGUCGCUCUCAUCGCUCUCGUGUGUGUUGUGUUCUCCGGUCAGAAGAGGAUCUCUGGAGCAGAAGUGGAGACGAGAGUCAGACGAGGAGACGACGUCACUCUCUACUCCGACUGUGUUUGGAAAAGUGGAUUUUAUCCAGUGUGGUUCAGGAACUGCUCAGAAAAGGAUCAUCCUCGUGUCACGAUCUCACUUGCUGAUUUAAUCAAUAGUGAUGUACUGGGUGGUGAUUUUACACGUUACUCGUUUCUGGUAAAUAACUCCAUCAACACACACACUCUGCUGAUUAAGAACGUCAGUGAAUCAGAUCAGGGCGUGUACUACUGCGCUCUGAGUGAGAAAAAGAUUCUGGAUAAUAACAUCGGUGUCGCCGUCAGCGUGUAUCGUUACGGAAACAGAUCCACUCGACUCUCUGUACUCGAAGAAGCUACUGUCUCUCCGAACACCCCGACCCCGUGUGUAUCAGAGUGGAGUGUUAGCUGGAAGCUGGUGUUGGGUGUGUGUGCUGUGUGUGUUCUCCUCUCCUCACUCCUCUCCUCCAUCUGUGUGUACUGCCUCUGCACAAACACCACUAAAGAAACGGAAGGCGAACUGGCAGGAAGUGACAAAAGGACGACUUGGAGACACGAUGAGGUUGAAGUUGAGGUGUGUUACGCCUCGCUGGACAUCCAGAACCUGAAGAAGAAGAAGAAGAAGAAGAGGAGAGUUCAGAACUCUGAUUUCAGCACGUAUUCAGAAGUCAGGACCGAGAGAACCGAACACUGCUGAGGAGACGUCAAUGACUUCUGAAAUUUCUUACAUCAAAGUGCAUUAUUUAAUCAGUUUGAUAAAUAUUUCGAGGUGCAUUUCCAUUUCCAAUCUCUGUUUACAUGCUUAUUAUCUUCUUUUUUUUUUAAAAAUGAAAUAUGAUUCUGACAUUAACUAAACUGUUCAAACUACUUUUAUUUUGAAAUAUCUCAUUUUCAUAUUCUCGC